AGCAGCCCCGGAGCGCACACAGUCUGAGGAUAAUCGCAGGUGGAGAGGCCGGGUAGCAAUCUGCCAACAAGGGGCUACAGAAGCGGGUGUCUGACUGAGGGUUAAUCUGCCUCGGUUUUAUGAUACACACAUAUUAUUUUCCUGCAUCGAGGUUUGCUGUUUUUUUUUUGUUGUUGUUUUGUUUUUCGGUGAUCCACAAUGCGGUCCUCGGCUUGGUCCGUCGCCCAUUGCGCUCUCAUCCUCUGCACCCUCCGGCUGAUUGACGGGACCAAAGUACAGCGGCAAUGUGGCGAGGGGGACUACUACUAUGAAUACACAGAGUGCGACAGCAGAGGAUCUCGGUGGAGAGUGGCUAUUCCGCAUGAGCCUGGGGCCUGCACUGGACUACCGGAGCCAGUACGUGGCACAGAGUGCACCUUCUCGUGCAAAGCUGGAGAGUUCCUGGAGAUGUCAGCUCAGGAGUGCACUCAGUGUGCAGCAGGGAGCUACUCCCUCGGCAGCGGCAUCCGCUUCGACCAAUGGGAUGCCAUGCCUGCUGGAUUUAGUAGCUUGGCAACCUUGCUGGAAAAUGGUCCCCACGGAGAAGACAGAUUAACCUGCAACAGUUCUUCCUGGGUGCCUCAGGGAAACUACCUGGAGUCCAACAGGGACGAAUGCACGGUCUCUCUCAUCUAUGCUGUGCAUCUGAAGAAACAGGGCUCUGUCAGCUUUGAGUACCAGUAUCCAGACAACAACCUGCUUUUUGAGUUCUUUAUCCAGAACGACCAGUGUCAGGAGAUGGAUCAGUCUGCUGAUACGAAGUGGCUCAAGCUCACCAAUCACGGCGAAUGGGCAACCCACACGGUAAACCUGAAAUCUGGCACCAACAUCCUUUACUGGAGGACAGGAGGCGUUCUGAUGGGGAGCAAAGUCGUAAAGCCUGUUUUGCUGAAAAAUGUUCAAAUUGAAGGUGUUGCCUACACGUCCGAGUGUUUCCCAUGUAAAUCAGGGUCCUUUAGUCGAGUUCCAGGCUCCUCCACUUGUGAACCUUGUCCUCGGGACACAUAUUCUAAUCACGGAGCCAGCUCCUGCACACCCUGUAACAGCAGCACUUACUAUGCAGCUGAGGGAUCAGGUGCCUGUAAGAAAAGACCUCCAUGUUCCAAGAAAGACUAUUUCCAGAUCCACACAGCAUGUGACCAUGAAGGCAAGACGCAGGUCAUAUAUAAGUGGAUUGAGCCUAAGAUCUGUCUUGAGGGUGUGACUGGAGCUGAGACGUUACCUCCAGGUGGAGAACGGGAGCCCUGCCCCCCCUGUAACCCUGGUUUCUAUAACAAUGACACAGCCAUCUGCUCACCUUGCCCACCUGGGACGUAUUCCGAUGGGAUGAAACCAUGUCAGCAGUGUCCUGCAGGCACGGAGCCCACCUUGGGUUAUGAGUAUAAAUGGUGGAAUAUUCUUCCAUCUAACAUGAAGACUUCCUGUUUCAAUGUGGGCAACUCCAAAUGUGACAGCAUGAAUGGCUGGGAGGUGGCAGGUGAUCACAUCCAAAGUGGAGCAGGAAGCUCAGAUAAUGACUACCUCAUCCUCAACAUCCAUGUUCCUGGCUUCAAGCUCCCUACAUCAGUGUCGAGCCAUUCAGCGACAGAAUUUGGUCGCAUCACUUUUGAAUUUGAAACUUCAUGCGUAGCCGACUGUGAGCUCUACUUCAUGAUGGAUGUGAACAGGAAGAGCACUAUGGUGGUGGAGUCCUGGGGGAGAACGAAGACGAGACAGACCUACACACACAUCAUGACGAAGAACGCUUCGGUUUCCUACACAUGGGCUUUUCAGAGAACUAACCAGCCUUCAGAUACCCGUCAGUAUGUCAAUGACGUGGCGCGAAUCUACUCCAUCUCGGUGAGUAAUGCAGUGGAUGGGGUGUCCUCUGGGUGUCGGGUUUGUGCCCUCAGCACCCAACCCUCCAGCUCCACUUGUGUGCCAUGUCCACCUGGACAUUACAUCGAUGCACUCACCAGCCAGUGCUCGGAGUGUCCACGUAACACAUACCUCGUCCCUCACGCCGCUCCGAGCGCUGACGCCUGCAAACCCUGUGGACCUGGCAGCAGAAGCGACAAGGACCACAGUCUGUGCUACAGUGAUUGUCACUUCACUCACACAGACGGCAAUGCCACUCUCACUUUUGACUUCAGCCUCCUUGGCUCUGUGGGAACGCUGAUGAACGGUCCGAGCUUUACCUCCAAAGGAACCAAGUACUUCCACCAGUUCAAUAUCAGUCUGUGUGGAGGACAGGGUCAGCUGGCAGUGUGCACGGAUAAUGUGACAGACCUAUCCGUCUCCGACGCCCAGAGAGAGAAAGGCGAAGGGCCCAGCGCUGUCAAGACCUUCAUCUGUCAGUCGACAAUAAUCCCAGCCAGUGGAAGAGGCUUCCACACGGCGCUCUCCUCGCAGUCCAUUAACCUGGCUGACACAUUCCUCGGAGCCACUGUUGAUGAUAAUCUUGAUGGAAUAAGGGUCACACCAGAGAUGUAUCCCAAGACCUCCAAGAAAGUCCCUGAUAUCAACUUCUUCUACAGGUCUUUGGAGGUGACCUCCUCUUGCCAGUCUGGUCGGAGCGCAGUGGUGACACUUCGCUGUAACCCAGAGAAGAGCACUAAAGGAGACCUCUCAGUUCCCAGUCAGUGCCCUGCAGGAACCUGCAACGGCUGCACCUUUAAUUUCUUAUGGGAGAGCUCCGGGGCUUGUCCUACAUGCACAGAGAGAGACUACCAUCAGAUAGAGGGAGUCUGCAAGGGAGGACACCAGGACUUGCUGUAUGUGUGGACUGAACCGAAGCUGUGCAUGGGAGGUGUCGCCUUGCCUGAAAAGAAAACAUUGCCAUGUGAAGGAAUGGAGUUCUGGGUACGGCUUGGUGCAGGCGUGGGAGCUUUCACUGCAGUGCUGCUCGUCUCCCUCACCUGCUACUUCUGGAAGAAGAACAAACGGUUGGAGUACAAGUACUCACGUUUGGUGAUGUCUGCUAAUAAGGAGUGUGAAAUGCCAGUGGCUGACAGCUGUGCCGUGAUGGAGGGAGAGAAUGAGGGAGACAUGGAGGAUGAAGUCGUUUACACAAAACCGUCUCUACUCGGCAAACUCAAAGCCAUAGCAUCCAAGGGAAAUGGAGACAACUAUGAAAAUGUGCAGCUUAACUCAUCUCAUUCGAAAGCGCUCGUGUGGAGCUAGAACGGUGGUGAUGUGAGCGAGGGGAGAAAUCAGACCCUCAUAAGGCUUUUCCACUGAGUGACCCCUUUAACAAACCACCCCCUUUAUGAGCUUUGGUACCUGGAUUACCAACUGUGUGUACAGACACACAUAUACAGACACACAUUAUGCUCCUAGCGCCAGGUUCAGAGACGUCACGCAAACAUGGUGGCCUUAAAGCUCGGUACGACAGAGCCGUCCAAUUUAAAGCAUUGUACUGUGAAGCAGGUGUGUGUGUGACAGACACUUCCUGAUCAUAUUCUGAUCCAAACUGAUGUCAGAAAAGGUUGUUAGAAGAGCUCAGGGUAAGACAAGGACCUAUACGAGAUGUUCUCUUUUGGUUAUAUUUAUUUGACACUGUGUAUUGUCUAGUAUCUGUAACACAACUGCAGUGUAUUUUGCCAUCAGGUUCACCUUGGUUAGUGUUUCCAUCUACCAUAAACAUGUACACAGAUUAGUUUGUUCUGGCCAUGCAAAACCCAAAUGUUCUAAUCUGUUUUUUUUUUUUUUUUUUUGCUGUGUUGAAAUCUUUGUACAGUAAUGAGGAGAUCUGCUGACCACCUGAACAUGAACAUGCCAUAUUAUGCUGUUGAGGUCGUGGUGUUGACUGUCGACGUACGUCAAAUAAAUUAUGAUGUAUUUAUGUA